UGGUGGUCAGGGAGAGGGCGGAGGCGCUGGAGAGACAGCAGCUGGCCGACUACAUCGUGUGGAGGAAGAGAGACGGCUUCCAGGAGAGGAGCAGAGCAGCCGCAGGAGGAGAAGGAGCUGGAGACAGGGAGAGAGGUGCGAGGGACGCGGAGAAAGUAGGGAAGGAGGCGGUGCCGGAAAUCAUCUGGAGAAAGAGGGAGGAGGAAGGCCAGGCAGAGAGGAAGGGAGCCCAGGCCAGUCAGAGAGCACACGAAACCGUGUGGAGGAAGAGGGAGAGAGAGUGAGAGAGAAAAAAUAGGAGUUGGAUGAAAAAACUGUUUUUAAAGGAAGUGAACUAGACUAGGCAUACGUCCGUAGGUCUCCUCCUCCUACGUCAGUCUAUUUUUACUCCCGGCCUGCAGGUGCACAGUGAAAUAUUAACCAGGGCGGGGGCAUGUGAGCGAGUGUGUUGUAAAUGUGUGUGUCUGUAUGUGAGUGUACGUGUGUCCCCACCUGAUAUGCUCUCAGGCAGCUAAUUGGAUUUUAUGGGCCCAUGUCAGGCCGCAAAGUACUGCCACAGGGAGCUGCUGCACACAUACUGUACAUGUGUCCACAUAUAAUACAAACACUGACAAGCACACAUUGAAACUGAGUGGCAAGGGGGGCAAUAGGAUUACUCCUGCAUGUACAUAUGCACACAAUAUCGCUUAAUACAGCAAAACACACGCUGUGUAUCCGAUGCCCUACCGUGAGGCGUCACUCAUGCUGAUUCUCCAAGGUGCUUGCUACGGCUGGAUCUCUCACAGGGAGCUGUCUGGCUCGGGCCUGAGACACCCACAGGUUUACUUUUUACAUUAUAGCAAAAAAACAAUGAUAAGCGCUGAACUUCCCGUACCCUUUCCCCGGAGAACACAAACCCUGAUGCAGUUUGAAGACCUAAAGACAACAUGAUCUGCGCUAGUCCCGCCAACGCUCACUUUCUUCAUCAGACUUCAGGCGCGCACUGGAAAACACUGCAGCAACCCUGGACCUCACUAGGCUCUUCUGUAUCCGCAGAUAAAGGUUUUGUUUUUGAAAGGCUUUUGUGUUGGCCGCAGUGGGAGCUGAGACACGAGGACAGAUGGACACAGCUCAUACACUGAGCAAGAUAACCAGAUGGCUGGGUGUGAAGGAAUGCUUUAAACACCACCAGACAUAAAAAAAAACUGCAAUUCUAGCGCCUGUGAAGAUUCACAGAAAAUCGUGCAAUGGAGCUCGUCCCAAAAACCAAGUACACCUUUUUUCGGAGUGAAUCUCUGAGCUCCACUGAUGAGACAAACUCCAAUCCCUCCUCUCUCCCACCCUCCACUCCGGCCACCCCCUUUACCCCUUCACCGGGCCUGCCCUCGUCCUUCUCCUCCUCCUCUCUCACCCCCAUCCUGCCUCCGUCGUCCCCCCGCCCGGCCGAGAACAGCCCCACCACGCUGUGCUCCUUCUUCCCCAGGAUGGGCUCCCUCCGCCUGGGGGUCUCUGCCACCCUGCUCCCUGGCCGCUGGGCGUCCAGCAGGCCCCAGUCGGCGUCCGGCCGGCAGCCGGCCGCGGAGUUGUCCGGGGACGAGCGGAGCGGCACGGGCUCCUCCCCGCCGCCCGCUCUCCGGCUGUGUCACCCCCUCCUAACGGCCCCCUCUCCCCCACCUCGCCCCCCCCUGCAGGACAUGAACCGGCUCGGCGGGGCGUCCAGGCGGGCGCGGGUGGAAGGCGGGCAGCUGGGCGGAGACGAGUGGACCCGCCACGGCUCGUUCGUCAACAAGCCCACCCGGGGCUGGCUGCACUCGGACAGCGUGGUCAGCACGGCGGGGGUCUCCUACAGCGUCAGGUACAUGGGCUGCGUGGAGGUCCUGCAGUCCAUGAGAGCCCUAGACUUCAACACCAGAACUCAGGUCACCAGAGAGGCCAUCUCGGUGGUUUGUGAGGCGGUACCCGGAGCUAAAGGAGCCCAGCGCAGGAGAAAGCCAUCUUCCCGCUGUCUGACGUCCAUCCUGGGGAAGAGCAAUCUGCAGUUUGCCGGCAUGACAAUCAGCCUGACGGUGUCCACCAGCAGCCUGAACCUGCUGGCGGCCGACUGCAAACAGAUAAUCGCCAAUCAUCAUAUGCAGUCCAUCUCGUUCGCCUCUGGAGGAGACCCAGAUACGGCAGAGUAUGUAGCGUACGUGGCCAAAGACCCCGUCAACCAGAGAGCGUGUCACAUCCUGGAGUGCUCCGAGGGCCUUGCACAGGAAGUGAUCAGCACCAUUGGCCAGGCGUUUGAGCUGCGCUUCAAACAGUACCUAAAGAACCCCCCCAAGCUGGUCACACCCCACGACAGAAUGGCUCCGUUCGACGGCUCUGCGUGGGAGGAGGAGGAGGACGAGGCCGCUGCCCCCCCCGAGGUCCCGUACUACAACAACUUCCCUGGGAAGCAGCCUCCGCCUGGGGGGCUGGUCGACAUGAGGGCCCGGCCCGGGGCGACGCUGCCCUAUGUCCAGCAGGGGCAGAACGACAUCCACAAACAGCCCCUUCCUCCUCUGCCAGUAGGGGCCAAAGAAGGUGGGCGGGAGCUCUUUGACGACCCAUCGUACGUCAAUGUGGAUAAACCCCGCCCUCUAGCAUCUGCGGCCAAUGGAAACGCUCAUAGAGAUGCAUUUGACAUGAAGCCCUUCGACGAUGCCCUCGGGGUCUCUGGGGGUCUUGGCCCGGUGUCGGCGGCGCCCCCACUGGUGGAGCAGCUGCAGUGCGAGACCUGGUUCCACGGCAGCCUGAGCCGCAGGCCGGCGGAGAGGCUACUGACGCGGGACGGGGACUUCCUGGUCCGGGAGUCCGGGACCACGCCCGGGCAGUACGUCCUGACGGGGCAGCAGGGAGGGCAGCCCAAGCACCUGCUGCUGGUGGACCCUGAGGGGGUGGUGAGUCCAGGCGAGGGGGGAGCGUGGUUGAAGGAUUAGUAUAACGCAUAUAUUUGCUGUCGUAUCUUACUACUAUAUAAUAGCAGGCCUGUCGGACAAGAUACUCGGGCAUGUUGGCCAGUGCGCAUGUGCCAAGCAGCCUGCAGCACACACACAAAUACACCGCACGAACGCCGUACGCACGCACACGCGCACGCACACGCGCACAUACACACACGCACAUACACACACAUACAAACACACACACGCAGGCACACGCGCUGACGUUUGAACAAAGGCAGCAUAGAACACCGCAUACACACACACACACACCACACAAACAUGCACACACGCAAGCACACACAUGCACGAGCAGUCACACACUGCACACACGUUGUAAGACAACGGCAAGAUCGAUCCCGCAUCCUGCAACGUCUUUUAACGGCCCCGCCCUCGACAAACUCUCCCAGGUAAGGCGUUCUGUCUAUAGACUGUAGAAAUUGUGAUAAAGAAUUGGAUAAUUUCUCACGUCGACAACGCAACGGAAAGGUCAUUUAUUUUAUUAUAUAGAAACCGUUAGUUUCAAACAUUGCAGCGACCAGCAUAUCAACACACAAGGCUACACUU